CCAAAAUUCUAUGAAACAUCUGACGUGUUCUACGAUAAACUAUCAUCCCUCUCAUAAAUUAAGGAGCCGAAGCUUCAUUCUACAGCCAACAUGGUCUGAUGCAUCCUGUUAUAUGUGGUACCUGAAGGACGGAAACGUUCACGAACGAGGAUUCUAAUCGUACAUCUAGACCAACUUGCUGGUAUAUCGAGAGUGUGAAUUUACACGAAAUCUGCGAUGGUGCAGUCGGAGUAAACGUAGUUUUGGGCCCGUUGGUGCCAUCUUGACAGCCCCAACCCGUGGGAACGUCCUGAGACUGAAAACCCGAACGUGACCACGUGUGUACCGUCCUUAAACUAAAAUAAAGAGGGUCUGUCGCACUGGGUGCCCUCUCUGAAGCCUGACCGAAGGGGUCCUGCCUUCGGACUGGGAACCCUUGGGUACCGUCCGGGGACUGAGCCUGCGACCCGGGGGUACCGUACAUGGGCGGACAGUCUUAUGAGGGAGUGUAAGGAAGACAUGUAGAUGGGAGGUAGUGAGGGAUCAGCCUGUCGAGUCGGAGGAUAUGUUUCUCAUAAUGGAUUUACUGUAUAAUACAGAGUGGAUACUUUCAUUAUGGACUCUUUUACAAAUUAUUCAUGUUCAAGGAAGCAAUACAACGUCGUCAUCUGGAUCUUCGGGUACAAAUUACGAUGCAUCAACUAAACUCAUCGCCACAGUCUGCAUUAUCAUCGCCGCCAUCAUUAUUUCCGUCGUCGUCGCAAAAAUAGCCGAUAUGUGUUACGACCGGCACGUGCUUCGUGACGAUGCCAGCGACGUAAGCGACCACACCAAAGGACUCAUCCGAGCUCGACUGGCCAUCAUACAGAUGAAAAAGAAAGACAAAAGCAAAAAGACCUCCAGGAACUUGUUCCGGAUCUGGUCUGCUAAAACCAGAAGAGCAAACCAGCAACAAGGGACAAACAAUAGUUCAAACACACAAAAGGAACGAAGUGUUGUAAUUAACGUAGAUGAAGCGCCACAGACAGACAAAAAUACGGACAAAUACUCACAACAGUCAGGUAACAAUUCACCGUCUAGAGUUCAUGCCAGUACAAUCUCUGCUGAAGCUAAAAAUAAAAAACAAGGUGCUUCGAAAACUCAGAAUUCGCAAAAAACUGCUAAAUCACCGAUGCCACAGAAGACUCCAGCGAAACAAAACAAAGUUGAUAAAGCUGGGUCGAAAAAGCAGGCGGCGUCUACUGAUAAACGCGUGACAUUCAGGGAAGAAAGAAACGUGAUGGAAAUCCAAAGUGUCUCAACGUUAGGAGCUCAAGCCUGAUAUAGCUUUGUUGCUAGGAUACCAAAUAUUAAGUUCUAGUAAACAAUUGCUUCAACAUAACUGAUUAUAUAUGAAGUCAGUUCUUCCAUUAGAUGACGAUUUUCAAUGAUAUUCAGAGUCGGUUGCACAAAACCGAAUCAGAAUUAUCUUUUAAAACGAUAACAAGAACGUCCUGAUAAAGAAAACAUAUUUUUUCCAAUUUCAGCCUUUGCUACGAUGGACACCGAUUUGUAUUUUUGGGCACAGUCUAGGAAAAAUUAUAUAUGCAAUUUAGUCUAAAUAUUUUAGCAUGCUUCCUACCGAAGGAUAAUAGUACUAAGACAGGUAAACCAAUCUAUAAAAGUAAACACGAGUGUUUAGCCUGACUAUCAGAAAUAUUUCAUGAGAACAUUGCCAGGACGGGUAAAAGUGAGAGGAAAAAUACUAGUAUAGAACAUCUAGUAGAACCUGAACAUUUCGGAGUUCACUAUCAAAAUGAAUAUCUUAAAACAGAUCGGACUGCCUAACAAAAAGGCAGGUAUAGAAUAUUCCAGUUUGUUUUGCCUUAUAAGUGUGUUUCCUGACUGAAUUCUCAGGGUUAAAAUGACGUAUUGUUGAUUCAGAUCCUCUCUUUCAGUGCAUGUCUCUUAUAGUUUCACUCUCUUUUUGUUAUUGAAGUACUGCAUAAUAGCACCCUACUUGUUGAUUUAGAUCCACUCCUCAGUGCAUGGCUCUUAUAUUUGCGCUCUCUUUUGCUAUAAAAGUGUUUGGAAGAAGACAUGUCGUUCAUACUGCAUAAUACCACCCCCUCCCCUAUGUCGAGAUCAGUUCACCGAUGACACGAGUUGAUUUAAUAUAUGUAGUUAUUUGUCAGUGAUAUUGAACACAUAUUACGUCAUCAGGGGAACUGUGACAGCUACAUCACCCGUUACACUGAAGUGCUAUGACUGGUCAUCGAACCAAUUGUUUCUACAAUAUGUACACACAGAAGCUAUUUGAUGAAUCAUUCAACCAACGAAAACAAUGGAAAUCUGCAUGAUGCAAUUAGUACUGGUGUGUUUUUUUGUUUUAAAUUCUGGUUGCAUAUUUCUCAUUUCCAGUUAAUAUAACACACCGUCACUGAUAAGAUUCAUAGCUUUUAUGAUUAAAAAAGUUAUUGUAACACGACAUAUUUCUAAAUAUGCUGUAAUCAAACUGUUGUAUAUCAGACUUGGAUUAGUGUUGAUGCUUUCAAUCUUAUGCAUUUGAAAAUAACUUAAACGGUUAAAACGAUGUACUAUGUACAAGAAGAAAGGGUGGUCAAAGGAGAAAAGCAAUGAAUAAUGUAAUAUGUUGGACUGCAGUACUUUUUUCAGGAUGCAGCGAGCAAGAAAGAGUUCCAUUGAAUGAAUGACUUUGAGGAUUUUUAUGCUGUUGUUGACAUCGAUUUUUUAACAAAAUAUUUGUUAUUGUUACACUAUCUAUUCCUUUGGUUCAAUCAUCAUUAAAUCUUUUGCUGAAAAGAUCCUUAAUUAAUUGAUUUGCGAAGAAUUAAAUUAUGC